GGCGUUAGCAUCUCGAGCUGCGUCGCCGCGUCUCUUCCUCCGGAGCCCUUUGUGUUUGAAACUCUCCUAUGUGACGUAUCAAUAAUUCAGUCGCGCGCGCGCGAGCGAGCAAGACGAAGCUCGCCCCCCACCACCCACCCAUUGGCCAACCUACAGCGUCUCUCCGCGCGCUAUGACUGCUUCUUCCGCGCGCACACACCACGGCCCCGCCGCGCCGCGCGACACGCUCCUCUACCGUCCUGCAAAUCAGUGAAAAGCUGCAAAGAAGUGAAAAAGGAAAAGAAAGGACGACGGAUUCCGAGUGUCAAGUCGAGCUGGACUUGGUGGAACUUGAGAAAGAAAGGAGAGGAGCUAAGCGCCUGCCGCCAACUCAAUUUCCAGAGCAAGCGUGUUCGCCAACUCCCGGCAGAGUUUGCGUCACUUUGGGCCAAAGCUGGGGACACUCUCGCCGCCGUAUUUGACGUUUCAAAGUGGACUAAAAAGCCCAAGUCGUCGCUUGUGAUUGUGGGUAUGUUAGCGUUUUGGCUGCUGGGUGCCGUGUGGCUCGCGGCAAGCCCCAACCCGAGCCGCGCUCAGAACGAGACGGAACCGAUCGUCCUGGAGGGGAAGUGCCUGGUGGUGUGCGACUCCAACCCGACGUCGGACCCGACGGGCACCGCGCUGGGCAUCUCGGUGCGCUCCGGCAGCGCCAAAGUUGCCUUCUCCGCCGUCCGAAACACCAACCACGAACCUUCGGAAAUGAGCAACCGGACCAUGGUCAUCUACUUUGAUCGGGUUCUCGUAAACGUCGGGAGGAAUUUCGACGAGGAGAGGAGUAAUUUCAUCGCUCCACGAAAAGGGAUUUACAGUUUUAACUUCCAUGUAGUGAAAGUGUACAACCGCCAAACAAUACAGGUGAGCCUCAUGCACAACGGCUGGCCCGUCAUCUCAGCCUUUGCUGGCGACCAGGAUGUGACCCGUGAGGCGGCCAGCAAUGGCGUUCUGAUCCAGAUGGAAAAAGGAGACCGGGCCUACCUCAAACUGGAGAGAGGAAAUUUGAUGGGAGGAUGGAAAUACUCCACCUUCUCCGGCUUCCUGGUGUUCCCCAUGUAGAGGAGAAGUGUGGAAGUGGAGCAGGGGAGUGAAAAGGAGGAGGAGGAGGAGCUGGUUUGGUUGUUGAUGGGAAGUGCAAACGAGAUGGCGCUACGCGGGCAAGAGAAAACAAGAGUUGACGAUGGACUUCUGUAUGGGAUGCUGCUGAAGAGUUGAAAAGUGUGGCCACCUUCUUCUCUUCCCUUCAUUCUUUCAUCCAUCUAGUCCUCCUAGUGUUGAUCUGUGGAUGGCCCCAAUAUAUUUUUUUUUUUGUUCUCUGCUCCAUUCAAUACAUAUAACGUUAGUGGAGAGUAGCCCUUCCAUCCCUUCAUUCCAUCGACUACUUUGAGGAAUGUUUCUUUCAUAGUUCAGCCCAUCUAGUUUUUGGGGGAGGGGAAUUGCUCAGAUUUUGGAGCAAACACCAAAAUGUACAUCUUUCUUCUUCAAGAAGCGUUCGUCAGCUGCGUUAAAUCCUUUGACCGCAUCUUCUCCAGAAGACUCCCCAAAUCCACCACCACGCCAUCAAGGCUGCAAGUGACGGUGAAAACACCUCGAAAUGCCAAGUUCACAUGGGAACUGUUAAUCAACCGAUUUUUUUUUUUUUGGCGCAAAUAUCAACAGUAAGAAUCAUGACUCUGCAACGGGCUUCAAAACUGCGGCAAAGCAAAUGAGGCGGAGGGCAUUUUGAACAGUGCUGCUUUUCUUGCUUUGUUUUCUUUUUUUUUUUUCCUGUCUCUGAAAGCUGCAGUUUCGUUUGACUUCUCUGUGACCCACCCCCAGAAGCUCCACCCCCCAUGUUCCUCCUCCAUGAGCGGUCCAUCUCAUCCUCCUCCAAACCUUCCCCCACGUGUACUUUUAUCUGCUGCUGUAUUCGUUUGCCUCCUAGCACGGACUAUUCCUUGCUUUACUUCAACGUCAGACUUGGAACUCUGGGACACUCAAAAGAAACAAUAUGUCGUACAUAGAUGAGGUUAUAUCAUAGAUCCGAGCCACAGUUUCUACCGCAACUAUGAUGAAGAUAACAAUAAUACCCACACCUUAAAUUUAAUCCGGUUGAUGACUAUAAUGUCUGUAUAUUCUGUAUUUCAGUGUUAUAUCGAAGAAAAAAAAUUAUUGUAAGGGGAACUUCUAGUGAUUUUGUGUGGGGAAACUGGGCUGCUCUUCUGCUCUUCUGAUGACAAGAAAAUUUGCUUCUUGUUUUUUUUUUGGGGGGGGUCAAAUUAAGUUGUGGCUAAAAAGCUCAGAUGCUACAUACAUACAGUGUUACAGUAUAUUAUCAGAAGAUAAAUUGCUAUUAUUAUUAUUAUUAUUAUAUUAUUAUUAUCUUGGCUGUAAAUUACAUGUGAAUAUUUAGACCUUAAAAAUUCUGAUUUAUCACUCAAUCAAAUGGAUUUAUUAUUGACUGUUUUGUUCUUUUAAUUGCUCUGACAUCAAUAAAAUGUAAAUGUAA